AUGAUAUAUGACAUAACGCAAAAUUUAAAAUUCAUUGUUGCUCAAAGUAAAAAAACCACUGAAUUUCGCUAUAUAGAAAAUUAUUUGCAUAAUAACAGAAUUGACUCUAUUCCUUAUUUAAUUCCUGGCAAUUAUGAUAAAAUAUAUAGACAACAAUUUUUCAAUUGGAUUAAAAAGCCAACCAAAGAGCUAUGAGAUAAAAAUUUCCUUGAAGUGAUUGUAUAA